GUAAUCUCAAAAUGGCCGAGCCAUCAUGGCAAGAGGUUUUGCGUGUCCGACUAGCAGAGAGAAAUGAACGUGAAGCUGUUUUUGCUGGGAUUAUUGAACAAUAUCGACGGCUGGCGCAACAGACCAAAUUGCUGAAAGAACGGAAUGCCUCGCUAUUACGAGCUGUUAAUACAGUCAAAGGGAACCCGAAUGCUUCUACAGUUCUGCUAGCCAGCACUGGUGAAGAGAACCCUGUACAAGCCGCCUAUAUCUCAUCUCUAGAAUCGCAAAUAUCAUCCUUACGCGAUGAACUCGCCACAGUCUACAAGACCCAGAGCCAGAACUCGCAGCGGCUAUUGUCAAUGAACGAAACCCUGCGCGAGAAGGAGGAGCUCAUUCGGAUAGAGGCAGAGAGUCACAGAAGAGCGAAAGAGGAAUUGGCCGUUGUAAAGAAGAAGGUUGAUCAACAUAAUGAACUCAUGGCGGAGAAGGAUCGCACAGUCCAGAUUCUGCACGAUGAAAUCAGUACCCUGCAGUUAGAGCUAGGUCAGAUUGAAGAACGCAACCAGACACUCUCACGCGAUAACGCGAAACUUCUUCAGCGAUGGCUGGACGCCAAGCAGGCCGAAGCGAACAGGAUGAACGAAGCGAACCAGUUCUACGAGGAGAUGCGCACCCGGUCGGGAAACGCGGAGCGUCUCCACAACAGCCAACAUCCGACCAAGAAGGAUGGAGUGUCGUCUCCGAAAGGCAGGACAGCGGAUCUGACGCCGAAUGGUUGA